AUGGAUUUGUUCCGCGUUCAAUUAACUCGUGAAUUAACUGGUCUUGAAAAACUUCUUUGUUUACAUGGAAAUUGGUUUACAAUAGCGCAUGUUGCAUGUUUAACAGGUGAUCAAACAAUUUUAAUAUCAAACACUGAUUAUGUUAUACGUCAGUUAUUGAAGCGUCAUGAUCGACUCCGUUCACGUCUACAAAUUCAACGCGAUCACACCAAUUUAAUCAAUGAAAUACCUUUAUUGGAAACACUUGAAUAUGAUGAUAAAUUAUUUUCUAAUCCAGAAAUACUAAAGCUAUUCUAUCGAAUUAUUUAUACGGAUGAUGUAAAUGAAUGGAAACAAUUUACAGAAGAUGAAUGCAAUAGAAAUGUUUAUAAUGAAGAAUUGACGAUGAUUUUUCCAUUAUUCCACGUCUUAUUCGUUCUGAGAAAGGUCGAACAUGAACAGUUUCAUAUGAUAUUAUUCAGUAAUCAUUGUAUAUCUGAUGGUCAUAGUGGAUACAGUAUUCUUAACGAUUUUCUAACAUUAACAACGUCAACAUUAAAACGCGAAGAAUUAGUCAAUCAAAUAAUCCUGCCACAUAUCACUGAUCUCACUCCAAAACCUUUUGGCAUCUUCUUCAAUUUGAUUUCUUUCUUCGCUCAAAAGUUUUAUUCUUAUCUAUUUAAAAGUCAUUUGCCAAAAAUUCCCAUCAAAAGCACAUUUCUAUCCCAACAAAAAGAUCACCGUUAUCUACUAUUUCAACCAAUUAGGAUAAAAUUUUUGUUUUCUUCUAGUACAAACGAGCAUUAUGAACAAUUAAAAGAGGUGUGCCAUAGAAGACAACUAACAUUACAUGGCCCCUUAUACGCAUGUCUCCUAUUGACUAUUCAUCAAUGUUUUCUAUUAAAAAAACGGACGAAACAAAUAACUAUAAAUGACUCAUUAGAACAGUUUGAUAUUGAGUUAGAUUAUGACAUGCGUUUACGAGUACCGCAAUCACCUUUGACUAAACACUCCGUCGGUUGUUUUAUAGCUGUUGCAACGAAUCAUAUAGGCCAGGUUCCUUUACAUACAACAUUUUGGUCAUUCGCUCGUCAAUGUUUGACGAUAACUACCAAAGUUUUGGAAAAUUAUGAAGUUUACUUGAAUUUGCAUAUAAUGAAAAAUAUUAUUGAUGAUACAAAAACAUUUUCCAAAGUAACAACACAACAUUGUCCAAAUGGAAUUAUGGCAGAAAUGAGUUUUUCAAAUGUUGGAAAAUAUUCUUUUGACACCAGUGUGUACAAAGAUAGACUUCAUCUUCGUAGUGUUCAUGUGGUGAAUAAUGGCUCAAUUUAUCACACGUCAACAAUUGCUUUUGUGUCAUGUGUCGAACAACUUGAUUUUAGUUUAGCUCACGAAAUGGAACAUGAACAAGAUGCGCACGUAUUUUUAGAGCGAUAUGUGAAAUUAGUUGAACAAUGUCCAUUGUUUGAUGAGAAUAUUACUUUAUACGAUAUUUUAUGUGAAUAA